ACCGACGCCGCGCAGUGACGACACAUCCGCUUGCGCGUUCGCGUCUGGAGGGCGGAGCGGAACGGAGUCAAAUGUAAAUACACCAGUUUUGCAGUCCCAAACCCGGGCUGCCGACUCCGACCCGUUGCGAAUUCUAGCAGCGCUCAGGCUACAGGAACGCGGCUGUUCCAGUGAGGGGCUUCGUCCUGCGCCGGGGCCGCUUAACCGCAGGUGCAAGUGCGCAUGCGCGAAGCGGGCGCAGGGUGGAAGUGCGGCUGGCCGGAGGAGCCUUGCUGUUGCCAGGUAUGCCAUGUUUGAAGAUGCCAGCUACUGCAUAUGAAAGAGUGGUUUACAGGAGCCCCUCAGAGUACCACUACAUGAAAGUCUGCUUAGAGUUUCAAGAACAUGGAGUUGGACUGAAUGCAGCCCAAUUCAAACAGCUGCUUGUUUCGGCCCUGAAGGACCUGUUUGGGGAGAUUGGUGCUGCUUUGCCUGUGGACAUCCUAACCUAUGAAGAGAAGACCUUGUCAGCCAUCUUGAGAGUAUCCAGCAGUGGUCUGGCUAAAUUGUGGAGCUCUUUGACCUUGUUUGGAGCCUAUAAAAACAAGAAGUGUGCUUUCAGAGUGAUUCAGGUGUCUCCCUUUCUCCUUGCAUUAUCUGGUAAUAGCAGGGAACAAGUAUUGGACUGAAUACUCUUACAGUUCCAGAACCCUCCACUCUCAACAGUAUCUUUUGGUGUCUACAUAGAUUGAGAAAAGAAGCAGGCUAAAGCACUGUUGAUGACAUUUGGAGAUACUG